CUCUCUACUGCUCCUCUUCCUAAUUGUCGCUCAUGUCAUUGCUCUGGUUUACUGGAUUUUUCGCCUUGCAACUGAGAAGCAACCUCAAAGAACUAAGAGAAACUAGUUCUCCACAUUUCUCGGUUUAUCAAUGUUGAUAUGUAGGGAUUUGUCUGGAAACAAAUUGAGUGGUCAACUAUAUGCUUCAGUGAGGAAUCUCUCCUUAUUUUUUACAUCGGGAGAAGAUUGCAAAACCAUGAGCGCCUUUACUGCAUUAUCUAGUUUAGCCAUACUUGGUGAUUCCUGUAAGAUUACGCGUACAUCUAGACAAGAAAUAAGACCGUUCUCUAGUACAACCACACAGAGAAUUGAGGAAGAUUAUGGAGCAGCUCGCGCUGCCUGGGGAGCUGCGGCUGAAGCAAUCAGACAAGACAGAAUAUGCAAUGGUAGUUACUUUACUGCUGAAGAUGUACAGUUUAGAGUCCAUUUUUCCAAACCAUUAAUAUGCACUGGGCUGAUGUCAAAUAACAAGGUUGGCAGUUUAACAUUAUCUCCUGUCGUGCCUCCGACUGAGUUAUUAUUGACAUCGAAAGCAAAAGAAAAGAAGCUGGAGAAAACUUUUAUGCCAGAUUUGGUUGGAUCAGACCAGUCUCAGCCGGAAAAAGUCACUGCCUCUGAAAAGAGCAUUACCGAGGACAACCUUCGUGAGAGGUUGCCAGAUGAAGGCAUUUUAACUCAGAAAAAAGAAAGCAACUUUGCUGAUUUGGUUGGAUCAGAUCAGUCUCAGCUGGAAAAAGUUAAUGCCUCAGAAAAGAGCAUUACCGAGGACAACCUUCGUGAGAGGUUGCCAGAUGGAGGCAUUCCAACUCAGAAAACAGAAUGCAACUUUGCUGAUUUGGUUGGAUCAGACCAGUCUCAGCUGGAAAAAGUUACUGCCUCAGAAAAGAUCAUUACCAAGGACAACCUUCGUGAGAGGUUGGUUUCCAUUUAUGAGAAAGUUUUCAUAGUCAACAACAUCUCACUCGCCAAGGAAGUUGUCAGUAAGCUUACAAAUGAGUACAGGGAUUCAAUCCACGCAUGUGAUACUGAGGCAUCAAAGAUUGAUGUCAAGAAUGAGACACCAGUUGGUCAUGGAGAAAUCAUAUGUUUCAGCAUUUAUUCUGGAUCUCAUGCUGAUUUUGGAAAUGGAAAAUCUUGUGUCUGGAUUGAUGUCCUUGAUGGUGGCGGGAAGGACAUUUUAGUAGAAUUUGCCCCCUUUUUCGAAGACCCGUCAAUUAAAAAGGUAUGGCACAACUAUAGCUUUGAUUGUCACAUAAUAGAGAACUAUGGUCUCAAAGUGUCUGGGUUUUAUGCUGAUACAAUGCACAUGGCACGAUUAUGGGAUUCCUCUAGACGAACAGGGGGAGGCUAUUCUCUUGAGGCACUUACAAGUGAUAAAUCUGUCAUGCGUGCUGCAAGUGUGCCGGUGCCCCCUGCUGAACAACUGUUUGGUAAGGUGUCAAUGAAAACUAUUUUUGGCAGGAAAAAGCUGAAGAAAGAUGGAACUGAGGGUAAAGUUGAUAUCAUCCCAUCUGUUGAGGAGCUGCAAAGAGAGAAUCACAAACUAUGGGUUUCUUACUCUGCAUUCGAUGCUAUAAGUACAUUGAUGCUUUAUGAUAGUUUGAAAACCAAACUCUCUAAAGGGGUCUGGAAGCUUGAUGGAGUUUAUAAAGGGACCAUGCUAAACUUUUAUGAGAGAUACUGGCUUCCAUUUGGUGAGCUUUUAGUUCAUAUGGAAACUGAGGGCGUGCUUGUUGAUCGUUCUUAUCUUGCUGAGUUGCAGAAAGUGGCCCAAGCCGAGCAGGAGAUAUCAUCUAUCAGAUUUCGCAACUGGGCAUCCAAGUACUGCCCUGAUGCAAAAUACAUGAAUGUGGGCAGUGAUACUCAGUUGCGCCAGCUCUUUUUUGGAGGUAUUCUGAAUAGGAAGGACCCUGAUCAGACUCUUGACAUUGAGAAGGAUUUUAAAGUUCUGAAUGCAGAUAAUAUAAUUGAAAAAGACAAGAAGGCUCCAACAAAGUAUUGUAAGAUCACACUUCGUAAGAUUGGUGAUGACAUCGAGACAGAUUUCUAUACUGCUAGUGGUUGGCCAUCUGUUAGUGGAGAUGCUUUAAAGGCUCUUGCUGGUAAAGUUUCUGCUGAUUUUCAAAUCAUGAGCGAAGCAGAUGACAAAGAGGAGGAAGUGUUCUUUCCAAGCAGUGACGAAUCUCCUGGGCUUCAUGAUGAAACAUGUACGGAGCCAGAAGCUUCAGGGUAUGGAACAGCUUAUAAUGCUUUUGGAGGUGGAAAAGAAGGCAUAGAGGCAUGUUAUGCCAUUGCCUCUUUAUGUCAAAUAUGCUCCAUUGACUCUCUAAUAUCAAACUUCAUCAUCCCUUUGCAGGGAGGGGCGGUUUCAGGAAAGGAUGGACGCAUCCAUUGUUCACUGAACAUAAAUACAGAAACUGGGCGCUUGUCAGCUAGGAGACCAAAUUUGCAGAACCAGCCAGCUUUGGAAAAAGACAGGUAUAGAAUCCGUCAAGCGUUUAUAGCUUCACCUGGGAAUUCCUUAAUUGUUGCAGACUAUGGGCAGUUGGAGCUUAGGAUUCUUGCACAUCUUGCAAAUUGUAAGAGCAUGUUAGCUGCCUUUGAGGCUGGGGGAGACUUCCAUUCGAGAACAGCUUUAAAUAUGUAUUCGCACAUACAAGAAGCAGUUGAACAAAAACGUGUUCUACUUGAGUGGCACCCUCAGCCUGGUGAAGAUAUGCCACCAGUUCCACUACUAAAGGAUGCUUUUGCCUCUGAAAGAAGAAAAGCAAAGAUGCUUAAUUUUUCUAUUGCUUAUGGAAAAACUACUGUGGGGCUUGCUCGGGAUUGGAAGGUAUCCGUCAAGGAAGCCAAAGAAACAGUAGAUCGGUGGUAUAGUGACAGGAAGGAAGUUUUAACUUGGCAAGAACAACGUAAAUCUGAAGCACACCAGUUUAGACGUGUUUACACACUGUUAGGACGGACACGCUUGUUCCCUUCACUUAAAAAUGCAACCAAUGCUUUUAAAGGCCACAUUGAACGAGCUGCCAUCAAUACUCCUGUCCAGGGAAGUGCUGCAGAUGUUGCAAUGUGUGCCAUGCUAGAAAUAUCAAAGAACCAACGGUUGAAGGAGCUUGGCUGGAAACUGCUUUUACAGGUUCACGAUGAAGUAAUUCUUGAAGGGCCGACCGAAUCAGCAGAGGAAGCAAAGGGUAUUGUAGUUGAUUGUAUGUCCAAACCCUUCGAUGGAAAGAAUAUUCUAAGAGUUGGACUAUCUGUUGAUGCUAAAUGUGCUCAAAAUUGGUAUUCUGCCAAAUAGUGUUGUUUUAGUCCAAAUGCCCUUGCAUUCAAGCACAGUAAUAUGAAAAUGAGAAUUCUAUUGGUAAUGUUAAAUUUUAUCACAUCAAGUCAGUAGCACGUGGUUAAUUAAAUGUAUAUUAAUGAUAUCAUCUAUUUUAAAAUUAGCAAGUUAUUGCUUACAAUUAGUAAUUAUAUAAUCUAAGUUGCAAAUUACAGUUAUGUAAGAAAAU